AUGUCGAAGAUCGAGAAAAGCAAAGGGACAUGUUUACCCGGCAGUGUAACGCGGCAAGUCAGCCGCCCCGAAGACCCGCCUUUUCCGGCGCAUGUUACGACAUAUAUAAGAGUGGCGUGCUCGUCAUCAUUCCCCAUCUUAUUCUUGUUCAACAAUUUCAUGUUGUUCUCGCUUACUCUCUUUGCAUGUGAGUACCUAUAA